UCUCAGUGCUUGACGAUGUCUGGAAGAGGAAAGGGCAGUGGGAAAGGUCGCGCCAAGGCGAAGUCUCGGUCGUCCCGGGCUGGCCUGCAGUUCCCGGUGGGCCGUGUUCACAGGCUCCUGAGAAAGGGUAACUAUGCUGAGCGUGUGGGUGCCGGAGCGCCGGUCUAUCUGGCUGCGGUGCUGGAGUAUCUGACGGCUGAAAUCCUGGAGCUGGCCGGCAACGCGGCCCGGGACAACAAGAAGACCCGCAUCAUCCCCAGGCACCUGCAGCUGGCCGUGCGCAACGACGAGGAGCUCAACAAGCUGCUGGGAGGGGUGACCAUCGCUCAGGGCGGGGUGCUGCCUAAUAUCCAGGCUGUGCUGCUGCCCAAGAAAACCACCGCUGCUGGAUCUGCUAAAAAGUGAAGAGACUAUUCUUGA